UAGGAUGGUGAUAAAAUACAAUAUUGUAUAAUGAGUGAAGUGAAUUUACCUGCCUUGGCUAAAGUCAACAACGAUGAUGUCAAGAAGACGCCAACCGCAAUGCAAGAGGUGGAACUGGCACUCAAGGAGUGUGGCUUCGGGAAGUUCCACCUUCAGCUCCUCUUCAGCGCCUUCAUAGCCUUCGUGGCCGGGGUCAUAGUGACCAACAGCACACCGUACAUCUUGCCGGUCGCGGAGUGCGACCUCAACAUGAACCUGGUACAAAAAGGACUGUUGAACGCUAGUCCGUAUGUAGGUAUGAUACUAGUAUCCGUGGUGGGUGGUUUCCUGACGGACACCUUCGGUCGGAAGAUGUUCAUAGUGGGUGGGAAUCUGGGUGUGUGUGUGUUCACCAUCAUCAGCGCCACCAGCCAGACCUACCAGCUCCUCAUUGCUGCGAAGUUCUUUGAGGGGUUCUUGUUCGCGGUGUCUUUCACGCCCAUAGUAACCCUGACAUCGGAGUUCUGUCACCGGGGUGUCCGAGACCGUAUCAUGUUGCUACAGACCUCCUUUGCGGCGUACGCUCAGAUCAUAGCGGCUUUGUUGUCCUGGGCCAUACUCCCCAAUAAUUGGAAAACAACUUACUUUGACGGGGCACUCGUGCUCAACACAUGGAACUUCUACCUGCUGAUAAUGUCUCUCUGGUCGUUGUUGGCGGCCAUCUUGUACAUGUUACUACCAGAGAGCCCGAAGUUCUAUAUCACGCAGCGAAGAUACGACGAAGCCAGAGAAAUACUGAUACGAAUAUACCGGAAAAAUACCGGAAAACCCGUAGAAACGUUCAAGUACAUAGACCUAUGGAAGGACAAAAGGAAACACGCAAUAGACGAGGCACCGGAGUCAGAGAUGACAUUACGGGAGCAACUGAUGGCCGGCUUCCACAACGUGAAGCCAAUGUUCCACAAACCCCUCGCGCUGUAUCUCCUGCUGCUAUGCUUUAUGAACUUCUUUACGAUGAUCAUGUACAACGUGAUCCGUCUCUGGUUCCCCCAACUAUCCACCAUCGUGGAGCACUACAGCGUGGACGGAAACCGCGACCUGUGCGUCAUGCUGGACGAGUACACCGCCGAUCAGAGGACCAGAGUUGUCAGUGUCAACUUCAAUGUCACUGAUGUUUGUGUGCCGGCCGUAAGCGGCACAGACACAUACAUCAACAGCGUGGUCCUCGGCUCUAUUUGCAUCAUACCUUUCAUCGUCGGUGGGAUUCUCGUGAACAAAGUGGGCAAGAAGAUGCUGUAUACGACCUGUGGGCUGCUCACUGUUGGGAUCACUCUGGGCUUGCGCUGGGCAAACACUAGGAUCGCCAUGGUGGCGUUAUUCUCUAGCGAUGCGGCUAUCUCUCAAACAAUGACGAGUCUGAACCAGGCGCUUAUUGUGGAGUUGUUCCCUACUACUACUAGGUCCUUAGCCAUCGGCAUGAUAAUGACCUGGGGCAGGAUCGGCAGUCUGGUGGGGAACGUGCUAUUCCCUAUACUUCUAGACCUGGGUUGCGUGGUGCCCAUCUACACUUUAGCCGCUACGAUGAUUUGUAUUACAUCAUUUUCAUUGGUGCUGCCUGUGAAGAAGUGAUAAUAAUUAUGUAAUUUAUUAAAUAAGUAUAUUUUUCACAAA